ACACACAUAAGAGAAUUGCUAUAACAAAAAAUGUAUUAAAUAAAAAGCAUAAAGACGAAGUUUUUAGCCAAGAAAAUGAAUUAACAUCUUUGGAAAGUAAUAAAGCUGAGAUUUCAGAAGUGAAAGAGGAAAGUUUUACUGCACCUUAUCCCCAAGCCGGGUUUUUUCGACCGGUAGCAGAAGAGCCCGUAACCCUGCACGUACCCGGAAGUACUCACGAUGAUAGUUUAAGAAAACUUUUUGGAAAAAAUCAUCCUCAAAACAUCCAGCUUAUUGACUUUGAUGAUUCGAUUCGGCUUGAAGAAAAUCGAAAAUGGCUUCAACUUCACGGUCAUGAAAAGCCGAAAGCCCCGUUAAGCGUGAUGUUAAGCGUUGGUUCUGGAAUUCAGAAGCGAAAGCACCAAAUUACUUUUUUGGCUUCGCAGGCCAAAAGGAAUGCCGAAGCUUUAGAAGAACAUUGGGCUUCUUGUCGCUCGAAGCAAAGAGCUGGACGCUCAACGUACGGAUUUAUGUAAAGUUACCG